AUGUGUCGUCGACAUAGUUCCGACACGAACAUAAUUGUCGCGUGGAUUGGAUACCGCGGCAAGUUUUGGGGAUUUGGUGUCAAAACGGACAAAAUUACCGUUCCAAAUUUUGAAUGUGAAUGUUCCGACCCACCACCAAUGUCUACUAUCAACCUCAUUGAACUACACUGGCUGCAGUGCACCGAUUUGAGCAAAAUGCGAUACCUCCUCUCUCAGAACUUGUCACUGGCCAACUUGUUCUCAACUCGCCCCAGGGGGGAAAUUUUGAUGCCAUACAAGCACAUGAAAUCUUUAUGGUAG